CCUGUGCUGGAGCAGGCACUGGGCGGUGUUGCUGGUUCUCUGCGUGGUUUGAGUUCCUCAGCCGUUUAGGACACUCGACAAUUCUUAUUCCUUUCGGGUCACCUCAGCGAAUUUCCUGAGAGUCAAAGAGGGCCAGCCAGUAGGGAGAAAGAGGAGCUGGGUGUUAGGCAUCUUCUGAGCAGCUCCUGUCGCCGGUACCAUGAAACAGCGACAGAAGAGGAAACAUCUGGAAAGUGAAGAGUCCCCGGAAGGUGCCCAGCAGGGAGGAGGGGUCUCAAAGUCACAGGAGGAUGCUCCUCAGCUUGAAUCAACUGGGGUGGCCAAAAGUUGGGACACGGCGGUGGGGGAGCUGUCCUCUGCCUCUGAAUACUUCUCCUGUGUCUCUUCUCCACGCAAGCUCAUCUGUGCUGGACUCCGGCGAGUACCUCAAGACGGUCCCCAGCCUAGAUCACCCCUAACCCAGGUUCAAGAACAAGGGGAGACUGCUGCCCCCUCACACCAAGUCUCUUCAUCCCCUUCGUCCUAUAAAACCUGUGUGUCCUUUCUGCACACAAACAAAGAGGAAAAGGGCAUGAAAAUAUACUACAUGCAGGUACAAAUGAAAAAGGGCGUGGCUGUCUCCUGGGAGACCGAGGAGACCUCGGAGUCACUAGAAAAGCAGCCAAGGAUAGAAGAAGUGACCCUUCCUGAGGACGUGCAGGUAGGGACUCCCCCCUCUGACGUGUCCACCAGAAACCUGCUGUCUGACAGUGAGCCCAGCGGGGAGGAGAAGGAGCACGAGGAACGGGCAGAGUCCGACAGCCCACCAGGGUCGCCUGCGGUUGAGGAGAGACCCAGGGCCAAGACCCCCGACUGGCUGGUGACCAUGGAGGCCGGUUACAGGUGCAUGGCCUGCUGCCGGGUCUUCUCCACCCUGGAGCUCCUCCAGGAGCACGUGCAGCAUGGCAUCCAGGAAGGUUUCAGCUGCCACGUGUUUCACCUCACCAUGGCCCAGCUGACAGGCACCGUAGAAGGAGAAGGCACCUGUGAGGAGGAGAAGUAUGAGAAGGGGGAGGAAGAGCAGGAGAGGCGGGAGGAGGAAAAGGAGAAGGAGGACGAGCGGUCCCCGCAGGAAGACCUCAGCCCAAAGCGACCUUGGAGCCAGUGCCCAGGCUGUGUGUUCCAUUCUCCAAAGGACAAGAACCACCGAGAUUCGUGAGCCAGAAGAUCCCGGAAGAUG